AAAAAAGCCCGGUCAAACGUGCAAGGUUUUCCAUUUAAGCGGAACAAAUGUGCGAAGAGACGCGCGACCUUCGGACCUUUUUACAGACGGACAAAACCAUCGCAGUGUUUUGGUCAUACGUAUUUUUCUCAAUUGCCCUUGUUGUCACCCAAUCACGACUUUAUUUCUUAUAAUGAAAAGUAACACUGUUAAAAGUUAGCAUGUCGAAGAAGGAAUGUGACCGCUUCGAGUAUUUGCAAACGCUCGUCACGGAGUUUCAGGACACCGAUUGUGAUGAGGCAAAGGAACAAGUUCUGGCUAACUUGGCCAACUUUGCGUACGAUCCGAAGAACAUGGAGCACCUAAGGCAGCUCCAGGUGGCUGAUCUCUUCCUGGACAUGCUCACAGAAGACAAUGACAACUUUGUGGAGUUUGGAAUAGGGGGGCUGUGCAACCUCAGCAUGGAUCCAGAAUGUCGCGACCUCAUCCUGGAGAGCGAUGCCAUCGCUCUAGUCACAAACUGUCUGUCCAGUCCGCGGGAGGAGACAGUCUUGUCGGCCAUCAGCACCCUCAUGAACCUGUCUACGCCGUCAUCACACCCGCACAUCAGCGACGUGGCUGUCGUGGAGUGCAUGCUGCGCUUCUCCCUGUGCGAGAGCCCUCGCCUGCGCAACCUGGCCCACGUCUUCCUGCAGGACUAUUGCGACAAGGAGCAAGUGAGCCAGGCCCAGAGGGGGAUUGCGGGACGGACGCAAACUGCGCUUGGUAUCCCACUGCCCAAGGACUGAAGAAGGAGCUAUUAAGGGAUUUUCAUGGACUUUUGAGUCAACUAUAUGGGCACUAUAGUACAGACGUUGUAUAAAUCUUUAUUUACAUCUUAAAUUCAAAAAGACAACAAACGAGAAGGUCCAACAUUUGACACAAAUACUAACCCAAAACCAAAUAAAUAAAACAUUGAGUUGA